AAUGCGUUUCUACUCUGUCUCUGAAUUUGGAUAGUCUCUAAGUACUACACAACGAACCGGAUAGUACUUGGCACUUAGCGGUGAUUCGGUGAACAACAGCAUGCUCCCAUCAUCGGCCAUGAAUCAGAUUGGUGCUCAAAAUAUGGCAGUGAAGUCUAAAUUCUUGAGCACACCGACUGAGAUACAGCUAUCCGUGUUGCAAUGGUGUUCUGGAGGCAUAGUCUCGAUCGAGCGACCCAAAGCUGGCGGCAAAGAUGCCUACAACGUUGCCGCUGCUGCCUCCGAGGUUGAUAUGACUGCGAGGAAAAACUUCCAAACAUCCCUUCUGAGUAUCAAUCACGAUAUUAGAAAACUAGUUCUCCAGAUACAUCCAACAGCUUUUGAGAAGCAACUUGGGUCUCCUGUCUUGUUUGAUGUCACGCGUGACAUCUUGCACUUUGACGACCUUCAUCUCCUCGAAUCUUUUAUUGAGAGGUCGGAUACAUCGUCUCUGAGGAAGCUUCACAUCGAUAGGCUUGCAUUUGGAAUUAGUGGGAUGAGACCUUUUGGGAAGAGCGGCAACAUAGCCAUUGAAUUUCAGAGCCGUAGCCAUGAUUUGCUCAAACUUGGAAAGGCGAUUCGAGCUUUUGGAUCUAUUAAGACAAUAUAUUUAGUGUCAGCCUCUGAGAACCCCGAGAAAGAAGAUAUUAGGGUCGGACUUGUUGCAUAUAUGAUCGAGUUCAGAAAUAUGUGGGAUAAAAUCUGGGCUGGGCUGGAGAAAGUUGGAAACAAAAACAUUAAGCGCUGGGAUAUGCCUCAGGAAUAUGUUUGCACAACCAAGAAGAAAUUGAUGGAUACGCACUUGUGACGAUUGCCCAACGGAUCACUGAGUGGCUCCGUCACAGCUCCAGGAAGAGUACGGUGGGUAUCAUAAUGGAUGGAAGAUAUCUUGUGCGCUGCAGACAGAGAGGCAUCGGUGGACUCGGGCUUGCCGGGUGCCUCUUGCUGUGUGGGAGAACUCUUAUCAGGUCAUGAAUGAAGUCAUUGAUCAUAGCCGCCCUGCUUGCAUGUACUCAGACUCUGAUUCAGAUGUUACCGCUAUCACUUCCAUUAGGCUGCCUUGUCGAAGCCUAUAUCAUUUCAACCCAACUUCGACAAUUGUCUGGGAACAUUUCAGAGAUCAGUAAUCGUCUCGAUGUCUGAACUGUGGGAAGUUUGAUUGCGUGUUGUGGGUCAUACCGGCAUGUGAUCUUCCAGUUUAUAGACAUCAGUGUUUAUCAUGCUGCUUCCAACAAUCUAUGC